AACCCCAUUUUAAGGAGGCAGAGGAUGGUGAGUGGGGAUGAACGUGCCCCGGGCAGGCUCGGUGCCCAGCGCGAGGGCUUGGGGACAGCGAGGACACACAGAGGAGGGACAGGAAAGCGUGACCGGCAGCGUGUGGCGGGAGGGAAACGCAGGGUCUGGCUCUCCCAGCCCUAUAAAAGCCUCCGGUAUCCGGCUGGGGUGAGAGGGCUGUGGCGGGACCUGUGGGCUGGGGACAGGCUGGUGGCCCGCUGGGGCUGGGUGGCUUUGGCAGGUGGCUCUGCCCCGGGAAGGGGAGGAGGCUGCGCGGCACUCCCAGCCUGGCCGGCAUCCCUGCCCGCGAUGCUCCAGUCCCGGCGCAGCCCGGCAGCAGCGAGGGCACCGCGGGGUCACUGACACCACACGGACAGCCCUGGCUGAGCCUCCCUGUCCUUCCCCGCAGCCUGGAGGAGGACAUGGAGGAGAACAACCAGACGGAGACCUGGCACCAAAGCCUCCAGGUGGUGCUUGAUGCCUUGAACCAGACGCUGCAAGGGGUUGUCCUCUGUCCCACCGACCGCCCGGCCACCACCGCCGCUGCCGCACGCAACGCCAGCACCCGCGCCGCCCGCCCCGGCCGCAACGACAACGCCUACAUGUACAUCCUCUUCGUCAUGACGCUCUUCGCCGCCACGGUGGGCAGUCUCAUCCUGGGCUACACCCGCUCCCGCAAAGUGGACAAGCGCAGCGACCCGUACCACGUCUACAUCAAGAACAGGGUCUCCAUGAUCUGAGCCCGGCCCUGACGCCUUGUCCCCUGCGAGCUGGUGGCUUCGAGGGUCAUGUUGCUGCUGCGAUGGGGCAGCGCUGCCGGCCAGCCUGGCCCCAAAGCUGCUGGAAACCCCCCCCGGUGUCCCCAUGGAGUUGCUGAGCCCUGGUGUGAGCAGUGUGGGGACAUCCUGGCCACGCUACAGCUCCUGUCUGGCAGGAGGUGACAGGGUAUGACCCAUGGGCAGGUCCCGGUCCCGCAGACCCACCUCGGCUGAGCCCCGUGGGGACGGGGAUGGCAGGAGCAGCUCCUUUCUCAUCGUGGCCCGCUGAGGCUCGCAGUGUCUUCAAAGAGAAAAUUUUACCAUUUCCCCACUUGGAUCAGCCAACGUUGACCUCCGUGGGUGGCCAGCAGCUUCGUGACAUGGGCUAGUGGGUUUUUCUGGUGCUAAAACCCUGUAUUUUUUGAGUAGGGCUGGGUGCUGCUUAUCUGGUGGGGAAUUAAAGAAGGUGGCGGUUUCCAACA